GCACCGGCCGGGCCGCCAGGCGGGGAGCGCCGCGGCGGCCCCAGGAGGUGGCGGCGGGCGCGGAAGCCCGGGCCGCGCGGGACUGGCCGUCGGGGCCCCGGGACGGCGGCCCGCGGGACGCCCAUGCCAUGGAGAAGUUGGCGGCCGGGCUGGCGGGCCUGCGCUGGAGCAUGGGCGCCUUCCCGCUCGACCUCAUCGUCAGCCGCUGCCGCUUGCCCACGCUUGCCUGCCUCGGGCCAGGGGAGUAUGCCGAGGGCGUCAGUGAGCGAGACAUCCUGCUCAUUCACUCCUGCCGCCAGUGGACAACGGUGACAGCCCACACCCUGGAGGAGGGUCACUAUGUCAUCGGGCCCAAGAUUGACAUCCCCCUGCAGUACCCAGGGAAGUUCAAGCUCCUGGAGCAGGCCCGGGAUGUUCGGGAGCCAGUGAGGUACUUCAGCAGCGUGGAGGAGGUGGCCAGCGUCUUCCCCGAUCGCAUAUUUGUGAUGGAAGCCAUCACCUUCAGUGUCAAGGUGGUGUCAGGCGAGUUCAGCGAGGACAGCGAGGUGUACAACUUCACGCUGCACGCCGGCGACGAGCUCACUCUCAUGGGCCAGGCGGAGAUCAUGUGCGCCAAGACCACCAAGGAGCGCUCACGCUUCACCACCCUGCUGCGCAAGCUGGGCCGGGCCGGGGCGCUGGCCGGGGUGGGCGGCGGCGGCCCGGGGGGCACGGGGGCCGCGGGUGGCAGCGGGGGCGCCAGGCCCAUCAAAGGCAAGAUGCCCUGCCUCAUCUGCAUGAACCACCGCACCAAUGAGAGCCUGAGCCUGCCCUUCCAGUGCCAGGGCCGCUUCAGCACGCGCAGCCCGCUGGAGCUGCAGAUGCAGGAGGGCGAGCACACGGUGCGCGCCAUCAUCGAGCGCGUGCGGCUCCCGGUGAACGUGCUGGUGCCCAGCCGGCCGCCGCGCAACCCCUACGACCUACACCCGGUGCGGGAGGGCCACUGCUACAAACUGGUCAGCAUCAUCUCCAAGACGGUGGUGCUGGGGCUGGCGCUGCGCCGCGAGGGCCCGGCGCCGCUGCACUUCCUGCUGCUCACCGACACGCCCCGCUUCGCGCUACCGCAGGGCCUGCUGGCCGGGGACCCGCGUGUCGAGCGCCUGGUGCGCGAUAGCGCCUCCUACUGCCGCGAGCGCUUCGACCCCGACGAGUACUCGACCGCCGUGCGCGAAGCGCCCGCCGAGCUGGCCGAAGACUGCGCCAGCCCGCGCCGCGCGCGCCUCUGCCUGCCCGCGCCCCCGCGCGCCCUCCGGCCCGCCCGCGCCCCCGCCUCCGGCCCCGGCCCGACCGGCGACGGCGACCAGGAGGAGUACGUGAGUCCCGACUGGGCCGGCGCGCCCGAGCCCGCAGCGCCACCCGCCGAGAUCCCCUACGAGGAGCUGUGGACGCACCAGGCGGCUGAAGGCUUCGCCGAGGGCAGGACCCGGCCGCUCCCGGGGUCCGACCUCAUCUCCUUCGGGGCCACCGGGCCGCCCCACCUGGAGCCCGAGGCGGCCCCGCCUCCAGUGCCUCCCAAAUCCGAGGCGGUGAAGGAGGAAUGCCGCCUGCUCAAUGCCCCUCCUGUGCCCCCCCGAGGUGGCAGUGCCAAUGGCCGGCUCUCGGGCAGUCCUCCGGUGCCCCCACGCUUCCCCAAGCUGCAGCCUGUCCACUCCCCCAGCUCCAGCCUCUCCUACUACUCCUCUGGCCUCCAGGAUGGGGCGGGCUCCCGCAGUGGCAGUGGCUCUCCGUCACCGGAUACCUACUCCCUCUAUUGCUACCCAUGCACCUGGGGAGACUGCAAGGUGGGCGAGUCCCCCAGCCGCCCACGCCCGGGACCCCUGCCCUCGACUACGCAGCCCAGCCAGGCCUCCCGGGCCCUUGUAGAGCCCCUGAGCAGUGGAGCUGCUUCUCUCUGGGGGGCCGACACCCCGGUCAAGACCUACCACAGCUGCCCGCCUCCAUUCAAGCCCUCCCACCCCCAGAAACGCUUCGCUCCCCUUGGAGCUCUGAACCCCUUUUCCGGGCCUGCCUACCCCCCAGGCCCUUCAGCCGCCUCCUCUUCUGGGCCCACAGCCAGCUCAGGUCCCCUGGCUACCUCCAGCCCCGCUCAUUCCCCGGGCCCGGGCCCUCCAGGCCAGGCCUGUUCGGCGGCUGCCUCCUCCUGCUGUCCCACCUCCUCCUCCUCUUCCUCUGAGCGGCAGACACCUGCCCUGGAGCCCUCUGAUCCCUUUGAGCUGGGCCGGGGCAGUUCUCCAGAGCCGGAGCUGCUGCGCUGUCAGGAGCCCAGAGCUGUGAGGGCUCCUGGGCCUGGGCCUGGCCUUCUGCCACUUGGACCCCCCAAGGCCUUUGAGCCUGAAGGUUUGGUGCUGCGGCAGGUCCCCGCCCCCCUGUCCCCCGUGGCCCUGCAGGGGCCCGAAGCAGGCAGAGCACGACUCCUUCUCACCCAGGGGCGCCUGGAAGGGCCUCCGGCCAGUCCCCGGGAUGGGGCCACAGGCUGGGGCGGCCGGGAUGCCUCCUCCUGGCAGCCCCCCGCUGACCUGUCUGCACUCUCCCUGGAGGAGGUCUCACGAAGCCUGCGUUUCAUCGGGCUCUCGGAGGACGUGGUGAGCUUCUUUGCCCGAGAGCGCAUUGACGGCAGCAUCUUCGUGCAGCUCAGUGAGGACAUCUUGGCAGAUGACUUUCACCUCACCAAGCUGCAGGUCAAGAAGAUCAUGCAGUUCAUCAAAGGCUGGCGGCCCAAGAUCUGACUUCCCCGCUCGGGGCUGCACAACUGGAAUUUUGGCCCGGAGGCCCCGGGGGACCAGCCCUGGGUCUGCAGGGUGACGGCACCCCCAGAGGCGGGGCCUGCCUGCAGGAAGAACCUAUGCCAAGACUGAGGCUGCUAAGCAGCCGCAGAGAGGAAUCCAGGGGAGACACACCUGGAAACGGGGUCCUCUGGGCCAGAGCCCCGCAUGCAUCUUGCCUUUCAGUGUGCAGAGUACGCGGGGAAGGGGCUGGAGGCGCCGGUGCACACCCGGGCCUGGUGACACAUUGCUGCGAUUCCCACGGGGGUUCAAAAGCGGGCCUUCAUGGUGACCUAACAGCCCCCUCCGUCCCGCUGCAGAGCUCCACUGAUAGCUCGUACUUCAUAGCUUGUAGGUGCAGGCUGGAGACAAGGGAAGAUGGUCCAUGAUCUAAGCACAGAGUCCCCAAGUGCCCUCUCUCCUUUGUGCUCUGUGGGCUUUUGGCCUAGCUGCCCCAGAGUCGGGGUGCCUAUUUCUGUAUCUCGGGGAUGCCCUCCUUUCCCCUCUGCUCCACUGUGUGUUGGGCCCCUGGCCCUGAAUACAGGUGUAUCAAGUACAAGCCUGUGCCACCACACCUGAGAGGCUCCACCUGUGGGCUCUGGUUCUUGGGUGAUGGCUUUGGAAGAGCCCAGCUCUGCUCUCGACCUGCUUAUCUAGUUAGGGAGGCAGAUGCUCCCCCACGUCUCCAGUGCACUGGCUUCUGACGCGAGCUCACUGCAACUAGCCCUGCAUCCUGUCUGUUGGGUCCAGUCCACGAAGACUCUGUGCAAGAGCAGGUGGAUUGAGGGCAGCUGCUCCCUGAUUCUUGAGGCAAGUGGCCUUCCAUCACUCCCAUCGGUCUCCUGCCCCAUCACCUGACCCUGGCAAACACAUGGUGUCCCUUCCUGGCUUUCUGUCACUGGCACAGGUGGGAUGGGGAGGAAAGAGAAAGCACGAUGGCUUGGGAAAACCUGUUUUCCUCCUGGAGCUCAGUCCUCUCGCACCUGUUCACCUGCUUCAAAGCAGGUCUUUGCGCCCUGUAUCUCGAGCACGGUGAUCUGCCAGCAGCCAGAGCAGGUUGGCUGUCGUGUCCGACCACCCAGCCCCCGUGCUCGUCCCCCUCUCACCUACCAGAAGCACACUAAUCCUCCUAGCGUCAGGCCCAGGGGUUAUCAGCCUUUUCGUCUGCCUUACCGAGAUACUUAUCUCCUCUGUUUUUCUAUCUUAAGAGGAGCGAAGCCGGGCUGCUGCUCAUCCCAAGCAGGCUGCCUCAGUGCUGAGGGAAGGGGAGUCAGGAAGUAGAGCACAGAAACUGGGAUGCUGAGACGUUGGGUUUCCUUGCCAAUCACUCAGUGAAUCCUCAAGGGCUAGUGAAAUAAAUGCUAGACCACUGAAGAGUAGUGCAGGUGGAAUUCUGGGCAUCAACUGUGUUCUUUCAGAGGGCCGUGGGGACCAACUGGCACAAUGUAUGUGCCCGCGGGCAGGAGAGGACUUCAGAAACGCUGUGUGUACACGGCCCACUUGUUCCUCAGAGGCAGCUGGUGGAGCGGCCCUCAUUCCCUUCUGAAAAACCCUCACCAGCCCCUCAACUACAAGAACCCUCAAUUCCCACUGAUGUUUCAACAUAAUUCACACCUACCUAGUGCUGCUAAGUGGAAAGGUCAUACUUCAAAGCUCCAAGCCACUACCCAGGUUUAACUUCCUGCCCUGUCCAAAUACCUGCCUUGAGGCUGCUCACACACCCCCACCCCCAGCCCCCAGAAGCCUGUUAAUGGCCUUGGUGUAGAGGAUCAGUUCUCUACCUUCUAUGGGUCACCUGAAAACUCCCAA